AUGCAAGUUCCCUCUGUCUCUUUCAAAAUACAAGCCCUUCACGCAUUGUUUACCCAGUGUGAGCGAGUACCGACUGCGGAGGAGACAAUCAAGCAUCCGGCGUAUCCUUCGGUGAUAUGGGCCCUGGAACCUCAUCAGAGAGGCGUCGUUGAGGCUGCCAACGGGCGAGGCGGGCCGGUGAAGAUCUCUUGGGAGAUUCACGGCGAUGGACCGACUAAACUUGUGCUCAUAAUGGGCCUGGCCGGCGUCAAGACCUCGUGGCAGCGCCAAACAAAGUACUUUGGCCACGACCACGGGGACAAGUACUCGGUCCUCAUCCUCGACAACCGCGGCAUGGGCGACAGCGACAAGCCCCUGGCGCGGUACACCACGAGCGCCAUGGCGGCCGACGUCGUCGACGUGCUGGACCACGUGGGCUGGACCGCCGAGCGCGAGGUCCACGUCGUGGGCAUCUCGCUCGGCGGCAUGAUCGCCCAGGAGGUCGCCUGCGCCAUCCCGCAGCGCCUGCGCUCCCUGACGCUGGUGGCGACGACGCCGCAGUUCGAGAGCGGGCCGGCCAAGUCGUGGGGCGACGCCAUCUGGGCGCGCGUGGGCUUCGUCGUGCCCAAGUCCGAGGAGCAGGGCAUCGCGGACACGAGCCGCCAGCUCUUCACCAACGAGUGGCUCGCCGCGCCCGACGACGCGGCGGACCUGCCCUCGCCCAAGACGACGCCCCGGUGCGGCCCCGCGCCCGGCACGCCCGACGGGGAGUACCUCGCCUUCGACACCAACUUCCAGCGCUUCCAGGCGCAGGAGCUCUACAAGAAGCGCCAGAAGGGGUGGUUCACGCGCCAGGGGUUCCUGUGCCAGUUGAUUGCCGCGGCGGGGCACCGCAAGACGGCUGCGCAGCUGCGUGCCAUGGCGGAUCGCGUGGGGAGGGAGAGUAUCAUGAUUAUGCACGGCACGGCGGACAACAUGAUUACGGUUGCCAACGGGGAGAAGCUGAUCAAGUAUGUUGAGCCGGGCGUGGGAUUGAUCGUGGAGGGCAUGGGACAUGCGCCGCUUAUGGAUCGGCCGGCGUGGUUCAAUAGCGUGCUGGAGGAGCGGUUUACGGCGUGGGCGAAAUUAGGAUAG